GGGGGCGGGCCCUGGCGGAGCGGCCGCCGCGGCUCCCGCGCUCCCGGCAACCGGCGGCACCCGCGGAACGGCGGACGGGGCCCGCGGCACGGUGUGGGAUCCAUGGCAGGAGCCGUGCGCAUCGGGGACCAGCUCAUUCUGGAAGAGGAAUACAAUGAAUCCUACGUUCCUAUGGAGCAAGAAAUCCGGGAUUUUGCGCCGACAAUCGGGAUUGACCCCGACAAGGAGUCGGAGCUGCUGUGGCUGGCCAGGGAGUGCCUGGUGACCCCGAUGCCCCCAGAGUGGAAGGCCUGCCAAGAUAUUGCGGGUGGUGACAUCUAUUUCUUCAACUUUGAGAACGGGCUCUCCACGUGGGAGCAUCCCUGUGAUGAGCACUACAAGCAGCUGGUGAUCCGGGAGAGGGAGAAGCUGCUGGCACGGGGGAGCUUGAAGAAGGAAAAGAAGGAGAAAAAAGAGAAGAAGAAGGAUAAGAAAGAGAAGAAGGAGAAGAAAGAGAAGAAGGACAAGAAGGAGAAGCAGUUCCUGAAGCAACUGCCUCCCCCAGGCUCCCAGCUGGCUCCCAUCCAGCCUCCCCUGGGCACCCUCUCUCCUCUCCGUGGCCUCACCCCGUCUUCAUCCAUCGCCCUUCGUGGGUCCCUGAGCCUGGGCCUGGGGAAUGUGGUGGACUCCAGCCUCAUCCCCAAGGAAGGAACUCUGCCUGCAGAGAUAUCGAGGCCCACCAGCCGCACCAAGAAUCUGCUGGAUUUGAUCUGUGAAGAGAAAAGUUCCUUGAACGUGGCAGUGCCAGAGAAAUGGAGAAAUGAAGAGGAAGACAGUGAAAAUGAGAGUUUUCAUGGGACCUCAGGACGGUUUAAAAAUGUGUACCUGAAUGUUGAAGCCCUGGCGGGCAGCUUUGACUUUGAGGAGAACAGCAAGGAGGAGCAGGAGGACCGUGGCAGCCCAUCAGCUGCUGCUGCUGAUGCUGCUGAAGCUGCUCCCCAGCCCCACGGGAGCCCUGAGGAGGAAGCUGCCAGCCUGGGCGAGAAGGAGUCUUUAAAAUCGAGGCACCCUGAAGAAAUGCCAGAGUCUUCCUUGGAUUCUGGUGCUGCGUGCCCUCCGUCUCCGGUUCACGUCCUCCCCGGAGAUGCUGACAGCAGCCUGUCUGCCCAGAACAAGGAGCAGGAACUUGCUGGGGAUGAAGCUGGGCACAAAGAAGAUGCUGAGGUGGAAGGAGAUGGCUCUGCAGCUGAGGAGCUGCCUCGGUCCGAGGGGGAGAGGAGCACAGCAGGGCUGGAUGUGGCCGGCUCUCCUGGGCAGCCCCGAGCCGCCUCUGCAGCUGCAGAAAGGGCUGGCACAGAUCAGCUGGCCAGCCUGGCUGCCACUGCUGACACCGUGUCCUGUGCAGAAAAGGUGCUGGAUGAAGAGAGGGAAGAAGCAGCAGCUGAUUCAAAAUCAGAGGACAGGCUGGGUGAUGGCAAACUUUCAAAGGCAUCCGGGGUCAGCAGCUGUGAGCAGGACUUGCCCACCUCCAAGUGCUCCGACCACGAGGUGGUUCAGCCUGUGGGCUUGGGCUUCAAGAGCCAGCUUUCCGAGGAGGUUCUGGAUGUGGGGACUGUGUCUCCUGAUCUGGACAGCAAGGCCCAGGAGCUGGGAGAAGAGGGAAAAGACCAAAGCAAAGGCAGUGUAGAGGAAGAGCAAAGGAAAAGACCUAAAGCUGCUGAGAGUGAGAGGGAUCUCAGUGCUUGUGAGACACCAGUGGAGCGUUUCGGGUUAGAAAAUCCCGAUGGGGCGGAGGCUGCGGAGCCGGAGGAGGGAGCCCUGGAUAGCCUGGUGGAUCCUGAGGAGCUUCCUGCCCCACACGACGUGCAACCUGAGAAGGAAAUGGAGCAGUCCUUGAACCAGCCUAAUGAUGAAUCCCUGGAGGAAAUAGUCAAGGAGGUGGAGACGGAGCUGGAGCAAGAGGAAAUACAUUUAUUUCAAGCAAAGGAGGAGAAAAUUGAGCAAUUCCAGGAGGAGAUGAAGCAGAAGGAAGAGGAGGAGGAGGAGGAAGCUGAAAAGCUUCAUCAGCAAAAAGAAAAACCCCUCAGCACUCCAGAAGAAGACUUGGCGAAAUCUGAGCAGGAAGAGGAAGAGUUGCUUGUCAGAGAGGAAAAAGCCAAGAGACUGGAAAAGCUGCGAGCCCAGAUUGCCUCAGAGAUCGAGGCAGAGGAGGAGAGGAUGAGGGCAGAGCAGCAGGCCACGCUGCAGAAGCUAAGGGAAGAGUGGGAAUCCCAGCAGCUGGUGGAGAAGGAGAGCCUGGAGAGGAAGCAGCAGCUUGCCUUGGAGGAAAUGAAGCUGGCAGUGGAGGAAGCCAGGCAGAAGGAGAUGAGCGAGCUGGAACAAGAGAAGGAGCAGUUCCUGAGCGAGCUCAGGGAGAGGUUAGACAGGGAGAAGAGGAAGGCAGCAGAGGAGCUGGAGGAACAGUUUGCCAGUGAGCUCCAGCAGCUGAAGUCUGCAGCAGAAGAGAAGCACCACGAGGUCAUUUCCAGCCUGCAAGCCCAGCUGGCAGAGGCACAGAGCAGCCAGGAGGCCCAGCUGCGUGAGGAGCUGCAGAGGGCAGAUCAGAAAGUGCAGCAAAAAGCCCUUAAAGUGAAGGAAUACGAGCGUGAGCUCAGCGAGCUGAUGAGCGACAAACGGCGGGAAGUGGAAAAAGAGCACGAGAGGAGAAUGGAGAGGAUGAGGGAGGAGCACCGGGAGGCCCUGGCGAGGGUCCAGGAGCAGUACCAGGAGGAGGAGCGGAAGCAGAGGUCAGAGCUGCUGGAGGGGCUGCGGAGCGAGGCGGCGCGGCUGCGGCAGCUCCACGACGCCGACGUGAAGGGGCUGCAGGCAGAGCUGGAGGGGAGGCUGACUGCCCUGCAGCACAGGCACAGGGAGAAGGAAAGGAAGCUCCAGGAUUCAGAGAGAGAGCUUGAAAUCCGCAUGAAAAACAUCCAAGCCAGAUCGGAGCAGCUCCUCAGCCAGGAGGAGUCCCUGCAGAGGAGGAGGCAGCUGCUGCUGGAUGAGGACGGACGGAUGCAGCUGGAAAGAGAGGAAGCUGCUCUAGCCUCUCAGCUGCGGCUGGAGGAGAGCAGGAAGGAGCAUUCCAGCCUCCUGGAGUCCGUCCGGCAGCUGCGGAGGUCCCUGGAGGAGCUGCAGGACCAGAAGGCUGAGCUGGAGGCCCAGGUGGACUUGCUGCAGAGCCGGAGCCAGAGGCUGCAGAAACGCAUUGGAGAGCUGGAGGAAGCAAUCAGGAGCAAACAGGAGGCUCUGAAAGAACUGGAGGCAGAAGAAAGUGUGGAAUCUCCAAGAAAGAAAGCUGAGCUCCGUGUUGAAGACCUGAGAGAAGCUCCUCAAGCUCACUCGUCCAGAGAGCCCUCCCCAGCCCCUCAGAGCCCCGAGGAGAGCGUCCUGCAGUUUGAUGGGGUCCGGAGUUACCUCUCUGCCGAGGGGCAGUCCCUGCGCAGCGCCAAGGAGUUCCUGCUGCGCCAGAGCCGCUCCCUGCGCCAGCGGCGCUCGGCGCUCAGGGCUGCCAGCCUGCAGUGGCACCAGCAGCUGCACAGGGCCCAGGAGCCUGUGCAGGGUCCCGACAGCUCCCAGCUCCUGCAGGGAAUGCAGCGCAACCUGGAGGAGGAGGCUAAGGAGCUGGACAAGAUGAAGUCAGCCAUGCAGAAAGGACAGGUGCUGCUGAAGAAGAAGGAGGAGAAGCUCAGCCAGCUGGAGUCCUCGCUGCUGGAGGAGCUCUCAGAUGAAGAUACACUGAAGAGUUCUGCAUGCAAGAAGGUGGUGACUUUUGAUCUGAGCACCUCUGAGGACACAAACAGCACGUCCAGUGUGAAUCUGGGCCAGUCUAGAUCUGACUUGAGAACGGAUUUCUGGCCCGUGCUGCAGCAGGACAAGAUCCAGCACCUGAGGGACUCGGUGCAGAGCAUCACCAGUGAGCUGAACGGGGUCCUGGGGCUCCUGGACUCCCUGAGCCAUCACCAGUCUCCUCUCCUCACCUCCACAGCCCGUGAGGGCGUCCUCCUUCCCACAUAUCCCUCCCUGGGAGGCCUGAGGGGGGGCAGCUCCCUGGGGAACCCCCCCAGGGUGUCCCCCCUGGAGCAGUGGGCCCGGAGCAGCGGGCUCAGCUCCACUUACUCCACCUCAGGGCAGUCAGUGGACAACAUGCUGGCAGAGAAAUGGCACAGGUAUUUCCCAGGUGGGUUCUCGUCACUCAGUGGGAGUCCUGAGCCUCUGGACAGCAAGCUGGGAUAUGUCCCUGCAGAUGAACAAAUCCGGCUCUUCCAGCAUUCCAAAUUCAGUGAGCCAGAGAAGAGGAAUAUUGAGGGGAUGAUUGAGAGCAGCAAGAAAUGGCUGAAAGGCUUCAAGAAGGAGUCCAAAGUACCCCUCUCCCCGCGGGCACAGAAGCCCCCAGGCAGCAGCCCCAGCCUGCUCCAGCUGAGACUGGAUGAGAACAGAGAGAUCAAGGUGUACCACUACUGAAAGAGUGGAGGAAGGAGGAAGAGAGCUUCCCAGGCGGAUUCUUCUAAUCCUGUAAUGUGUCCAAAUAUACUUUAUAGACUGUUUAAUCCAGCGGUGACAUAUCAGGGCUUCAAUAAAUCAACAUUUCCCUCAUCAGUAUUCCAGCGAUGGCGAGGCAGAGCUGUGAAUCACGGAGGACUUUGAGUAACUGGUCAAGGGGGAGGAUGUGAAUCCAGCUGAGGCUCUGCUGGAGGAAAUGUGUCAGGAAAUGAGCCUGCCCUGAUGCCCAGCAAAUGCCUGGUGGCAGCUGUCGAGCCGCUCGCCCGUUCUGGCUGCCGAGGACUCUGCACUUCAAGGGAGCCCAUCUGUGAGAAACCUUCUUCAAAGCCAUUCUCCUGAGACAGCUGCUGGGGGGAGGCUGGGAAGCUGCUGCCCCACACCCCCCGUGCUGUGUGAGCCCCUCGGGUGGGCAGUGGCGGGAGGCAGAGCCCCCUGCUCUGCUCCCUUGGUGCCAUGAGCCUGGCACAUGCAAAUAGAAAUAUAUUUUUGAUGAACAUAAUUUUAAAACUCUUAAGAAUGUAUGUAUUUUAUUUUUUUCUUGCUGUUUUGCUAGAACUUUUUUGUAAUUACUCAACCAGCCUUAUUCCUUCCUAGGGAAGGAGGGAUCAAAACACAGGUAUCCCAUCUGCUGUUGGAUUGCACAAACCCUUUCCUGUAGGGAUCUUGCUUUGGGUUUACUGGGUACUCAGAGGACACAUGGCAGUCCUUGCAGUGAGGGGAUUUAGAAGGGACCCCAGAGUUGAGGUUGCUGUGGCCAAAGCCAUAUCACUGAGCCCAUUCUGUAUUUCAGGAGAAGCAUGCAUUAGUGGUGCAGGGAAAUGCCAGUUUUUUUAACAAUAACUUGGUUUGAAACAUGUUCCUUUUUCCUGUUAAAACCUGGGACAGCAGCUGUAUCUGGUUUUGUAUAAAUUAAAUCAACAUGAGCCUGUUUUGUGUGAUGGUGAUGGUUGUCACUCUGUUUUGUUGUAGCUGGAUAUCCAGCUGUACUUUCCUCUCACAUCUCCCCUUUUCUCAGGGCUCCCUCAUGUUUUGUCUUGUCAAGGUCGUUUCUGGCAGUUCCCAAGACCACUUAAGCUCGCUGUGACUUUGUUACCAUUAUUCUUUUAAGUGUCUGGGCAGGGUAGCAAAUGCAGAGGCAGAGAGAAGAAAGCUAAAAACCAAAACGACAAAAUGAGAGCAAGGCUUGGCUCUGGCAGCCUGGGAUCUGUUAAAAAUGCCUCGCUGCACCUUGGCUGCUGAUUUCCCAUGGCUUUGGGAGCAGGCAGGAGCUGCCCCAGCAGCGUGCUGGGUGCUGUGGGAUGGCUGGGUGAUGCUCUCACCAGGAAUUGGGGAGGGUUGGUGACGUGCUCCUCUCUUCCCAUGACUUGUUCCCAUCUCCUGCCAGCAGCCUGUGGGAGCUGGGGGGGCUGCUGAGGCACGGGGGAGCAGGGUGUGCAUCAGCUGCUUGUGCACGAGGAGGCUGGUAGUUUUGUCCUUAAAAAGGGGCUUUUUUGCCCCAGUUCCUGCUGUGCCUGAGCUGCACCCGUGUGUCUUUUCCCUCUGGAGCAGGAUAAGAGCUCCUGGAGGAGCUGUGGUGGCAGUCAGUGUGUUCAGGGUGGUUCUGAGACACCCCAAAUCCCAGCUGGAGUGUGGGAUCCUCCUGGGUGCACUGAGGUGGGUCCCCAUGGAGCAGGUGUGUCCCAGGCUGGGCUGGGCUGUGCUCCCUGUGCUUGGAGCAGAGGAUUUGCCUUUCCUGGAAUGCCAGAGCUGCAUCCCCUGGAGAAACUCCACGAUUAGAAGAGCAAAAGGGCAGUGCCUGAUUACUUCAGCAAGCUGAGCAGGGGCUGUAAGCUCAUUAAAGGGGCUUGGCCUCUGCCUGCCCGAGGAGGGACAUCUCAGUGCUGGCUGUUGGAUCCAGCAGUGCUGCUCCAGAGCCUGCGCACCCCGGCCAUGCUGGGCACCCUGAUGACAGCGCUGUUCUUCGUGGUGAGGGCGGUCAGACAGGUGAGCCCUGACUGCUGCAGUGCUGUCCCACCUGCCUGGGGCUGGGAAUGCCUCCUGUGCCUCCUAAAGCACCCUGGGCAGGAGGGCUGGGAGCUCUGCGGGCUCGGGGGUGCCACGACGAGUGGCAGGGGAGGGUUGUGAUCUCUGGUGAUGACUGUGGCUGAGCAGCUUUUCCUGUUCCUCUCCUGUUCCUCUUCCCUGCUGAAAAACCUUCCCCGUGUGCAGCUGGGGACCAACCUGUUCCGUGAGGAGCCCCUGCCUUACCUGGUGUACCAGCCCCUGCCCUGGCAGAUCCAGUGCGUGUCCCAGAGCCGCCGCACCAGCCGGGACAGCGAGAGAGGCAGGAACUCCCGGCACAACAGCAUCU